AUGAACUUAGUAACAACUGUGGUCUCAAUUACAGCCGCACUUUCUGUCGUAUUAGCCCUGGUAUCCUUCUGACUACCGCAAAUGACCCCUGACCAUGAAAAACUCUCCCCUUAUGAAUGUGGCUUUGACCCUCUAGGCUCCGCCCGUCUUCCUUUCUCCCUACGAUUCUUCCUAGUAGCUAUCCUUUUCCUCCUCUUUGACCUAGAGAUUGCCCUUCUCCUUCCAUUACCAUGAGGGGACCAAUUAGCCUCCCCCCUUUUUACAUUUUUGUGAGCAACAGCAGUUCUUACCCUCCUAACAUUAGGCCUCAUCUACGAGUGAAUGCAAGGAGGCCUAGAAUGAGCUGAAU